GCCCAGAUCAGUCCAGGGGGGUGUCAGGGACCCAGGCAUUGUGCCCAUCCCCCCUGCCAUGUGGGAACUACGGUCAGCCUCCUUCUGGAGGGCCAUAUUUGCUGAGUUCUUUGCCACCCUCUUCUAUGUCUUCUUUGGGCUGGGGGCCUCACUGCGCUGGGCCCCUGGACCCCUGCAUGUCCUACAGGUGGCUCUGGCCUUUGGCCUGGCUCUGGCUACUCUGGUGCAGUCUGUGGGCCACAUCAGUGGAGCCCAUGUCAAUCCUGCUGUCACUUUUGCCUUCCUCGUGGGCUCCCAGAUGUCCCUGCUCCGUGCCUUCUGCUAUAUGGCAGCCCAGCUCCUGGGAGCUGUGGCUGGGGCCGCCGUGCUGUAUAGUGUUACCCCGCCUGCCGUCCGAGGGAACUUAGCACUUAACACGUUGCACCCUGGGGUGAGUGUGGGCCAGGCCACCACGGUGGAGAUCUUCCUGACGCUGCAGUUUGUGCUCUGCAUCUUUGCCACCUACGACGAGAGGCGGAAUGGCCGCCUGGGAUCCGUGGCCCUGGCCGUUGGCUUCUCCCUCACCCUGGGACACCUCUUCGGGAUGUAUUAUACCGGUGCAGGCAUGAACCCUGCCCGCUCCUUUGCUCCUGCCAUUCUGACCAGAAGCUUCACCAACCACUGGGUGUACUGGGUGGGCCCAAUCAUUGGAGCAGGCCUGGGAAGUCUCCUCUACGACUUUCUUCUCUUCCCCCGGCUCAAAAGUGUUUCUGAAAGACUGUCUAUCCUCAAGGGUACCAGGCCCAGUGACUCCAAUGGACAACCAGAGGGCACAGGGGAACCUGUUGAACUGAAGACCCAGGCCCUGUAGAAGCUGCAGUUGGAUAGAGGGAGUAGGAACCUUCUGGGUUUACACAGAGGGGCUAAGCUAGCCCCUGGAUGAAGAAGGAGAUUGUGGGGAGGGGCAUGUACUUCUUUAUUUUUUAAUGUAUGUGUGAGGGUUAUUUUUUUUUUUUCUGUGUGAAAUCUUUCAAGUUGCAUUCAUGAGUUGGUUGGUGCAAACUUCCCUUCCUCCCCAUCCCACCUCUCUCCACUGUUGUUUGUGCGUGAUUGUGUGUGUGAAUGUGAGCAAACAUGCCUGUGUGUCUGAGUUUUGGGCACAGCAGGAGAAGUAGGGAAAGGAAAAGAGAUAUCAUUGUUUACCUUCCUUUCCCAACUCAGUGUGAUGAGCUCAGGAAACCAAGACCUUAAGUUCCUGGCCUUUACCCUUAUGCCAGUCAAGUGCAUGGUUCUAGGUUUCUGAGGGAGCAGUGAGGCAGGGAGUACUCCUCACAGGAGGCAGAUAGAAAGACAUGGAGGACACAAGGUAUUCCAAGGUUGGGAGAAGGGGCUGGAGCAGGAAGAGAAGAAAUGCCAGUAUUAGCCCCAGCUCAGGAUGUAAUUGUACCAAAAAGUUGUGGGGAAGUUAAUGGGAGAGUGUAGGCUUACUUAUCUCAGGGAUGCUUGCCCCAGGGGCUUGGUUGGGGAAGUAGCUCUGAGAAAAGUGAAUGCUGAGGUUUGAACUGCUCUAUAAAGCCACAUAAACCUGUCUACAUCCACUGGCGGGGUUUUGUCUUCAUUCUGGGCCUGGUGGAUCUCUUUGGAGGCCCUGCACCAGUGAGCUCACCAACCAAGGUGUGGGUGAGCCUAGAAACUAGAUAGAUCUAGUAGCUGAACUGUCCUGCUUGAUAUUCCCAGCAGGGCCUCCAGGCAAAUGAUACUUAAGUCCCAGAAGAGAUCCAGGGCAAAAACAGGCAAUCCAAUGCCUGGAGCAAAGACAAAGGUGGAGACAGGCUGGAAGGGAGAGGCUUUGACCCUCAGUUUUUAUUUGGGCAGAUCAAAAGACUCUUCAAAUGGCACCUCUCUGCUUUUAUCACUAGUUUCAUAGUCUUUUCUUUUUUUUUUUUUUUUCUUUUCUUCAUGUGCUGCUUUUCACUUUCCUCUCACCUUCAUCAAAUCUCUUUUAACUUUUCUUAUAUCCCAGAAACUGAUUCCUUCUAUUCAAAUACUUAAUAAUUAAGGACUUAAGUACUCUUCUGAGCCCUAUCUUUUCUUGUUGGCAAAUACACUCAUCUCAGCUGAGGCCAGAGGAGACAUUCAACUGACCAAUGAAUAUUUACUGUUGAUUUCUUCCUUUUAGGAGCCUGCAGCAUACUGCGCAAACUCUAAACGUAUACCUCCAGUAAGAGAGACACCCAGCCCCGCAAAAGACCACCGUUCCCAGUAGCUCAAUUCCACAUUUCCUCCCAAAUAAAGCCUUACUUUUCUAACUAAC